UACCCCCUCCCUCCUCCCCCAGUAUGGGUUACUGUAUCCUGGUGGCCCAUGGCCUGGGCAGGUUGUGUUCUGUGGUGGGUCGCUGGGGCACCACGGCUCUGACCGUCUCCACGCUGCUGCUCCUCCUGCUCUUCUCCUGGAAGACCGUUCAGCAGAACGACAUCUGGCUGUCCCGGGAGGCCCUCUUCAGGUCUGGCAUCCAGACGUUGCCUCACAACGCCAAGGUUCACUACAACUACGCCAACUUCCUGAAAGACAGAGGGCGCCACCAGGAGGCCAUCCACCACUACAAAACUGCUCUCAGGUUCUACCCUCGCCAUGCCAGUGCCAUGAACAACCUGGGUACUCUGACACGCCACCCAGAGGAUGCCGAGCACUACUACAGGACCGCCCUGGACACCAACCCCCAGCACAACAGAGCCCUGUUCAACCUGGGAAACCUGCUCAAGUCCCAAGGGAAGAAAGAAGAGGCAGAGGCUCUGUUGAGAGACUCCAUUCGGUUCGGCCCACACUUCGCUGACGCCUAUUCCAGUCUAGCAUCACUUUAUGCAGAGCAGAAGCGGUUUGCGGAGGCCAAUGACGUUUAUCUUCAAGGCAUAGAGAGCUGCCCGGACAGCUCGGACCUGCAUAAUAACUACGGAGUGUUUCUGGUUGAUACCGGAGAAGGCGAUCUGGCGGCAGCCCACUACCAGCAUGCCGUGCGUCUCAAGCCAGUGCACUACGUCGCCAUGGUAAACUUGGGCCGCCUCCUUCGCUCCUCAAGUGAGAACAAGGAGGCGGAGUCUUGGUACAAAAAGGCCCUGCAGGUGACGAGGAAGGUGGACAUCCUGACGCCACUAGGGGCGCUGUACUACAACACAGGACGCUAUGAGGAGGCUCUGCAGGUGUACCGCGAGGCGGCUACGCUACAGCCAGAUAGCACCGAUAUCUGGCUGGCUCUGGCACAAGUGUUAGCCAUGGCAGGCCGCUCUAAAGAGGCCGAGAAGAUGACUCUGGGCAUCAUAUCGAAGCAGGGGAGCUGCAUCGAGUGCUACCGCCUACUGUCUGCCAUCUACAGCAAACGAGGCAACUACACAGAGGCUCUGGAUGCUCUAGACAAGGCACUACUUCAAAACCCCAUAGACAUGUCUGUCAGGGCAGAGCUUCACUUCUCCAAGGGCAACCAGCUCAGAGAGAUGAACCAGCUGGACAGAGCCUUCGAGAGCUACAAGCUGGUAGUGGAACUAAAACCUGACCAAUCGCAGGCUUGGAUGAACAUGGGAGGAAUUCAACAUAUCAAGGGAGACUAUGCAGCAGCCAGGCAGUACUACCAGAGGGCCCUGAUCCUAACCCCUGGCUCCAAGCUGCUGAAGGAGAACCUGGCCAAGCUGGACCGGCUGGAGAGGAGGCUGACCGGGGCCUAGACUAACCCAGAGACACAGCACUAUCCUGGGCAUGAGUUUGGGACCAAGGUCCCUGGAUGCCCCCAACAGUACGGUUUAAAAAAAAACUACUUCUUCUUAAGUCAACCUACCUGGUUGAUGAUGUGAGAUUAUGGUGAACAUGACAGGGUUGCGCAUGAGGCUGGUUAAGUCUGUGACGGGAGUCACAUUCUGGGGGAAGCAGAUGGAGAGAGGACCCGAAGGAGUGGAGAUGGAGAUUCAGCCAGCAGCACUUCAAAUUGGAGUGGACUGGAUCAGCUCUCUUCAAGACAGUACCACGAGCUCCACACAUCGCCCAGCCUGAAAAAGCUUCAAACAAACGGAUCUGCUUUUUAAAAUGUUUUAUUUAGUUUUAUUUGUUUUCGUAUUUAAUUUCUUGUUAAAUCCUGUUUUAGGCACUACAUCUGUGAUCACUUCCCUCAUCGCUGCUGAUGAGCAAAUCCACAAGUAAACCCAUGUUGAGAUUUUGAAAUGUAUUGGGUGUCAUGUUCCCAGUAAAUGCUCCAACAAUAUCGUUCUAGCUGGAAGACAAAUUGCAUUUUGCCAACAUGAAGGACAGUUUUCUGAAGUCACUAUAUAUCCAUGCUUAGGUUUGGACUUGCCUUGACUCAAAUGUGGCCCCUGCAACCCCUUAGCCUGAGCUUGCCUGGGAUACAUAAGCCCUGUUAUAAGACAAGGUGUCAGUGUGCUCCGUGAACACAUCGACAACAUGUGCUUUUAACCUCAAGCUAUGGCAGAGCCUCUGAGAAGCAAGCAACGUCUGCUCAAUGUAGCCUUCCACAAGUACAAGUAAGCUAGUGUCUGUAGACUCCUCCUUAAGGCCUAACACCCUCUGAUCCGCUCAACAGUUCUGAUGCUGUGUAUUAUUUGUUGCUGUUGAUGUUGCUAUGAUGAUCGUGAAUGAAUAUUUUAUGUGGAAUGUACAAUAAGAUAAAGAUGAACUGACUAGUGCAAUGACUGAGAUUGAUUUGCACCAUACAAAUAAAUAUAUGUUUUAUUAA